AGAGGGAGGGAGGGAGAGAGAAAGGGAUAGAGAGAGAGAGAGACAGAGAGAGGAAGAGGGAGAGAGAGAGAGAAUAAAAAAGAAAAAGGGUGAGAGAAAGAAAGCGAAAACGGGAAAGUGCUAUCCAGCUGUGUGUUAUGAUCGGGAGCAUAAAGGUGCGAAGAUGCUCGAGGUUCAGCGCUCGGACUCUUUGAGAAAGGGAGAGGCCUACGACCCUUCCAGCACCCAUUUACUACCCCCCGUAACGACCGGGGCUUCCGUCUCUGGGUGGAAGCCCGCCGAGAGAAGCGUCUCCUUCAAUCGAGACGUCCACGUCAAGAGGAUCGGACGUGGUGCACCGCGCGUGACCGCGGCUCUUGUAGGAGAUGGAGAAGGUAGGUUGAUAUUGAGCCCGGUGCACAAGGAGAACAUAUUAUCACGCAGCAAGGAAGACUUAGCACAGGAGGCAGCACUGGUGCUGCAGCAAGCUGGUAGCUUACGUUGUGUAGCACACGACAAUAGACGAUUGCCCGGUAAGUUCAGCACGUUACCAGCAAGACGGGGUAACGUUAAUAAAAAACGUCCAGAAUUGCCGUUAGACGUGAAGAGACGUAAAAGCGAAGAGAUAGGUGCUACAACAAGUACAAAUACUACGAGCGGCGAUCAAUUGUCUUGGACGCCAAAAGCAAAGAAGAAAACGUUGGAGAGAAGUAGCAGCGAUGCUAGUUCGAAAAAAUUGAAAGGUACACUAGCUAAAUUCUUUUCGCCAAAAUUAGAAAGAAAGAGGAAGCCGGUUGGCCGUAGCGUUAGCGACGCAGGUACGUCGAGUAGACAAUACCGUAAGAGAAGUGGUAGCGAAAGCGAAGGUUCACAUUUGAGUAGUACGGCUCGUGCUAAGAAACAGCUGUCGCCGAUAAUCGAGACAUCACCACAGGUCGAUCAUACUCAACAACCGUUUCAUUUUGAAGUGAUUAAUAAGGAAGAGGUUAAUAAGCCGAAUGCUAAAAAGUCAAAGCAGGAGGAAGGUGAUACAAAUGUCGAGAGAAUAAUUGAACGAGUUGAAACGAAGGAGAAGAUCGAGGAGACUACUAAAGAGAUCUCUCUCGAGCGAUCAAUCGAGACGAGAAAAGAAAAUAAAGUAGUUGAGAGACAGAAUAAGUUAGAUAUCACGAAUGAUAAGGAUCGUAUUACCGGUGAAGAGAAGGAAGUGACGGCACGUAGGAAGACGGAAACAACGAAUUGUAACUCGUCGCAGCAAGGAAAAGAGACGAAGCUUCGGGAGGAGGUCGACGAGGUCGACCGGGUCGGGAGCAUGCUGCACAGCAGCAGAUACGAUCUUCAGAAACGCGGCGAGGAAUCGACGAUCAACAAGAUGAUUCAUCGAUUGUCGAGCGAUCGCUCGCCACCGCCACAAUUGACGAGAACUAUGGUCUCACCGGGACCUGGUUUUGGACAUAACAACAAUCGACCAUUCUCUUAUACGAGGCCAAAUGAUCCCGGUAGUCCACCGCCAUCUUCGCAAACGAACGUGAUGUAUGCUCAAGUACAAGCGGAUAAGAAGAAGGCCCAAAGGAGUCAUUCCGAUAGUGACGAGGGUUUGGGUCUUGAAAGAAAGGACUCGUCACGAGAGAACAGUCCAGCUGAGAAAGAAUAUCGUAGAACAGAUUAUUCUUACAGUAGCGAUCUCAGACGUAACAACGAGAUAAAUAAUCUCAAGUCUCGCUACGAGGAAACUCGAAAGAGUACGACGACUUCACGUUUUGGCAAUCACUUUGGUGGUUCAAAGGAUUUUCUCUCAUCCAGAGAUUUAGACAAUCGAUGUCCCGAGGAUGAGAUUGAAUUGGAUCGACGUUACGAGCCAGAGAAAUAUACCUCGACGAUUUUCGUCGAUACCAGCGGUAGAGAGAGUACCGAUCUUACGUCAAGACAAAAUCAUCAAAGUGGUAUAUCCAAUAAAACGUCGGAACUAAGUGCAAGACGAGAUCUACUCGAGUCGAGGAUAAAAUCGAGACUAUUAGCUGACGAAAUGUAUGCAGCGAAAAAUACGGCAAACGUGUCAAUCAAAAAGUCCGAACACGAGAUUAUCGAUAAACCGAUCGUUCCGUCACCUGUUACACCCAAUCGAAUAUCAUCUCCUAAACGUUAUACCGAUACAUAUAUCACGGAGACAAGGACUAGUAGCAAUGGGGAGAAAUAUAUUUUCGAAAAGCAAAUACACGAGGACAAUGGCAAAGUCUAUGGUUACGAGAAGAAAAUAACGAACAAAAUCCCGUCCGAUGGUUACGUCGAAUCAAAGCCAAGAGAUGGUUAUACCGUUGAAACGAGAACGGAUAAAUACGGGGACAAGUACAUCGUUGAAACUAGGACACACGGCAGUUAUACGGACGAUUUCAAGCCAUUUCUCAGUGACAGAAGUAGGACCAGCCCGGAAGAGAGAUUCGAAAGAAAUCAUUUGGGCGGUGGCCCUUAUAAGUCUACCAAUUAUUUAGCCGACGAUUCGACGAAUCCAAGGACGAGUAAUUAUUUCCGAAACGAACCGAAGGACAAUGAUACACUUUCGUCGCCGAUCGUCGUAAGGAAAUUUACCGCUGAGAGAAAACUUUCGAAGAGCGACGAUUUUCUCGAUCGAGAUGUUCGCCCUAACGAGAACCUUUCGAAAAUGAAUAAAAAUUUCGAAUCUAUUCGCGGAAUGAGUAAAUCGACUCAACGUUUGAACGAGCUUGGCGAGAAAUCGAGGAUCUUAAGAAACGAAUACACGACAAGGUCGCAUGAGAAUCUUUGCAGUCACGUUGAUUACGGAAGUGCUGGGGAAACGAAUACGAGAAAAGAUAGAUCACCGUUCACUAAGAGACACCUUGACAGUUUACGAGAACGACCGAUCGAUGAUUACGACACUGAUAUCUCGCAAAUGACCAGUAGCCAGCUAGAGUCCAAAUAUUACAAGGAGACUCGAACUACCCAAAGAUACAGUAGCAGCAAACAUCCGAUCCACGAUGAUUACGACAGUUCACCACCUCGUAUAAGAACAGAUCGGACUGGUCCAAGUGGUGUACGAAGUAACGAUCCUGGUACCAAUGGUCACAAUUCAAGUCGUUACGAUUCCGACACUACGGCGAGAGAAUCGAUUCGUCGCGAAACUCGAUACGACGAGCGUACUCUUCGUAAGGAUCAUCGAAAUGGCAAUGUCCUUGAUGCCGAACCGAAGAAACCAUUGAGAAGAUCGCGUAAUCGUCUCGAUUAUUUCGACGAUUCAGAUGCCCGUGAUAGUCCACGCGGAAAGAGUUCCAUCGACGAGACCCCACCUACUAGACCACUCCGGAGUUAUCACGAAAAUGGUAAAUCCCGACAUGCCAGGCAAGAAACUCGUGCUUACAUGGAACAACGUCGUUAUCGGGAGACACGUUUAAGCGAUCCAGAUAGGAAAGAUCGUCUUGCCGAUUCUGGUAUCGAAAAUGAUUAUAGACGUGACUCUCAAGAGGCCGAUAGACGGGAACCGAUCGAGUCGGAGGAUGAAGGGUUUGCAAGUAGGCAAUUUAUCAAAAACGAGAGAAGGCAUACCGAUAGGAAUAUGAAUUUAACACCUUUAGAACAACGAAAGUAUGACAAAUAUUCGAACGAUAUCGGUACCGGUAAAUCAACGAGCGGAUUGGUCACGUCAAAGCCUCCCACCGGUGCUGAUAAGAAAUACGAGAAGAAGGCUGCCAAGAAAAGUGGCACAAUGAGCAAGGUGAAGCAGUUGUUCAGUAAGAGAGAAAAGAAAGCCAAGGAAGAGAAGAAUAAGAAGAACUCGAGAAGCGGUAGCAGUGGUGCACUGACGGACGACGAGGUCACGAUGCGCUAUCGAGAGUAUCGCGGAGAUCGACUUAGGAGUGCCAAGAGCGCAAGGGACCUUGGCAGCGACAUAAAUCAGGAGGAUUAUAGUCAACGAAGACGACUAUCCACACCAAGCGGAAGUCCAAGUCCAUCGAGGCCAACGAGGCUCUCUAGAUCUACCGGUACCCUUACCAGAGAUGAGGAUUCCUUCUGCGAAUCUAGUAACACGCUCACGAGAGAAAAUCAAGGACAAGAGGCUGAAAGAAAGGGAUGGUUUAAAUCUCUAUCACGGAAAAAUAAAUCCAAUACCAAGAGCGUGGAUAAGAAGCCAAGAAUACCAGAAAGUGAGAUCUUGACGACCGGAACGGAGGACGAGGAGGCAUCGUCCGCCCCGGAACGAGUUUCCGUUCAAAAGAAUCUUCGCUUCUUCGGCGACACCGAUCAAGAAUCGGUCUCAUCGAACCGUGAUAUCAGGAACAAACGAGUAGACGAACGUGUCUGUACAAAACGUGAUGUCAGCAAUUCAAACAGAAGUCAUAAUCUCGGCAUUGUUUCACCACCGAGGAAACCACCGAGAUUAGCCGAGAGCGCUCUUUCUUCCGGUGAGAGUACUACCGGCGAUAGCAGUCAGCAGAGUCAAAAUUCCCAAAGAUCCCAAAGAUCUGUCGUGUAUUUGCACGCGACUAUGAUCGGCGAAAUACCUGGACCGAACGAACGACGUAGAGCAGCAAGUCGAGAGGAACUCAAUCGACCUCUGCAAUCGCACACGAGAACCGUGUCUAGGAGCGUGAGCGUCUUAGCUCCAUGGAAACCUAGACACUAUAGGGAACCUUUCGAAAUCAAUUAUGAUCAACAACAACAUCAAAAGCCAAUGAUGACUUUAAGACGUAGACAGAGAAGUCGCGAGACGCUCAGUCGUAGAGGUAAAGAAGCCCGACGAAGCAAAGACAAUCUUUCUAAAACCGGUACGAUCAAUCGCAGUACGUUGAAAUCAAAGGACAAGCAGAAAGUGGACAGGACCGUUUCCACGGAAUCGCUAUCGACGAAAUCUCGGAGCGUGAACUCGAAGCCAGAGCUCAGUAGGUCAACAUCCGUACCACGUGAUCCAAACAAGAGCGCGGGAUGGUUUAAGCUAAAGAGCAAAAAAUCCCGGGCCUAAAGAAAAGGCCAUUGAUCAAUGCUAGUCUUGAGUUUCAUAAGUAAUAUUCGUAAUCUUUAGCGGCUGAAAAUUAACAAGUCGAAUCCAUCGCGAAUUCGCGAUUGUGAACACGACAAUUUCUUUAUUUACAUAAUUUUUUUCCCCUCUCCUUUGUUCUUUUAUUUUAUUUUAUUUUAUUUUAUUUUAUUUUAUUUUAUUUUAUUUUUAUUUUCAUUUUUUUCUUUAUUUCCUAUUUUUCAUUUUUUUCUUGUCUCUUUACUCUAUUAUCGUACAAUGCGAGCGAGUGAGAUAACAUUAAUCUAUUAACAAAUUUAAAUAUAUAAAUUUAUUAAAUUUGUACCAAUCGAAUCUAUUGCGAAAAAUACAAACAAACAAACAAACAAACAAACUUGAAACUACGCUCGACUUUUAUAUGCGUGCAUUCGUAUUACAAAAUACACAAUAUAAGAUAUAAUGAUUGUUUAAAAACCUUAAUUUUUUCUCUCUCUCUCUCUUUCUCUUUCUCUCUUUCUCUCUCUCUCUCUUUCUCUCUCUUGUUACAAAUCUCAUUAGAACUUUAUUAUUUUCUUUAUGAUAAUUGAUCGUAUUAAAGGAAUAUCUCUAACACUUUGUUGUUUUAACGUAACAAAGACGAAUUAAUUAUAUAUAUAUAUAUAUAUAUAUAUAUAUAUAUAUAUAUAUAUAUAUAUCGGUACUAACAAACAAAUAAAAACUUGGAGAAUUUUGGUUUUGACGAUAGACGCGAGUAUAAACAUACGAUGAAAGAAUAACCAAAUGUAUAAUACUUUUUAAUAAGAUCCUUAAAAACAAUGUCAUGCCACGAUAUUGAAAUUGUAAUUGAAGUUUAAGAAAAGAAUUGAUAUAAAUGAUCGAAUAAAUUAAUAUAUAUAUAUAUAUAAAAGCCUUCUCUCUACCAAAUUUAAUCGUUUAAAUUUGUUGAAUAAGAAGAGAAUGCAUCGGAUCAAAAUGAAAAAAAAAA